AGAGCUGUGUGACCUCCCUUGAGUGAAUUACUGAACCACAAUUGGUUGUGUGCUUUCUGCAACAUGGGCCGCUGUUGCGUUCCCGGUUGUAGGGGAAAUUACGACCCUGGACCAAAGGUUCACGUGUUUUCAUUCCCGAAGGACGGUAAUCGCAAGGAUCAGUGGCUGCGAGCCAUUCCAAGGAAGGAUUUCACGCCAAGCGUAAAUUCGAAGGUAUGCGAACUUCACUUCCAAACAAGUGACUUCAUCACAAUGUUGACGCACUGCGAUGAGAUCACCGGAAGAACACUCGAAGUUGACAGCGACAGAGUUCGCCUGAAGGCAGAUGCUGUGCCCCCAGUUUUUCUCAACUGGCUUACCUAUAACCACAACGCCUGCUCGGCGCGAGUCUCCGGCCUCCAAGCGAGCAAGGAUUGAUAGCGACGCGCUAGCUGAUGCUAUUAGAAAUUCUUUGGAAACAGGAAAAGCGGAAGAAGUGAAGAAUUCUGCGUCGUCGUUUGAAGAGCUUAAAUGCAAUAUUUGCAAAAAGUUUUGGACAGUGGUCGUGAACGACGAAUGUGCUAUGUUUCUUCGUGUUGAG